AUGGUCAAGUUCCUCUCUGCCUUCGCCGUCGUCCUGGCCUCGGUCGCCUCGACUUUUGCCUAUCCCACCGGUGCCGGCACCUGCAACGCCGAUGCGACCGCCAUCCACUACGGCAUGGGCUUCACCCAGAACCCCUCGGGCUUCAGCCUCUCGGCCUCCUCGGCCGUCUAUACCCCCGGCACCCCGCUCACCAUCACCGUCCAGGGCAGCGGUACCUUCAAGGGCGUGCUGCUCUAUGCCACCCUCGACGACGGCACCACCCGUGUCGGCACCUGGCAGAUCGACAGCGGCUUCCGCUCCAUGCCCGAGUGCACCGGCAGCGACCCGGCCGCCUCCAUCACCCACUCCAACCCCAACGUCAAGAACGCCGGCACCACCUUCACCUGGAACCCACCGGCCUCGGCCAGCGGCAACGUCCACUUCCAGGGCGCCAUCGUCCCGGACAUGCCUUACUUUGACAUUUUUGCUUCCGUGGUGCUCGCGCCUGCUGCUCCUCCCGCUCCCGUCGUCACCACCACCACCACUGUCGCUGCGGCCUCCAGCAGCUCGCCGGCCCCUGCUCCUCUUGUGUCGGCCACCUCGGCCUACGCCGUCUCCAGCCCCGUCGUCGUCACCACCACGACCACCGUCGCCACCGUCACCGUCACUGCCACGACCUCUGUGGCCCCUGCCUACUCGGCCACUCGUCGCUGCAAGGCCUAG